AUGAUGGGUGCAGCAUCAUUGAUGCUAUUAAAUAGCUUACAGUUGUCAGCGAAGAGAUAGACAAGAUGAUGUUGGUUCUUGGGACAAUGGGGACUGAGAAGGGAUAUGUUAACCUUGCCAUGCCCCUCCAGUGUGUGCCCAAGGGUUCUCACUUUGAAAUUAGAUUUGUCCAAAGUGAAGGUCACAAGAAAGAUGGCAGUGAGCACCUGAGACAAUAUGACCACGAAAGGGAAGAGUGCAUCAAAUUCUAUGUGUUUGCCAUUGGGAAGACAAUAAAGACUAUUGUUAAGUGUCCUAACCUUUGCAAAGAAGGGUGUAAACUCUGUGUUUAUGCCUUCAAAAGAGAAACCAUUGAGAAUGCUUUGGACAAAGAUGGCAGAUUUCUUCGUUUCCGGGAAAGGGAAUACAUAAAUUACUGGGUCAUCUGGGUAACUGUAGGAUACUUAUUCUGGAAAAACAACGGAAUCUCUCAGGGAGCCACUUGCUUUGUCUUGAAGGAUCACUACAUUCUCACUUGUUGCCAUAUAGUGAACUUAAUAGUUGGGGUAGGGGUGGAACCAACUAUGUGGGCGGAAGUGAUCAGUAACUGUGCAUAGGUGACCUUUGCUGAUGAAGAUACUGAUUCAAGCUCAGAUGAGAAGUGGUUCAUUGAGUCUUGGUUUGAAGUAUUUGAUAAAACACUGGAUUAUGCAGUGUUGAAACUAAAGGAAAGUGACAUUCCUAUUCCCAAGGGUUUAUGGGACCACUUUUCUUCUCCACCAUUGAAUGGCCUCCUGUAUAUCAUUGGUCACCUAGAUCAACAGAGGAAGAUUGAGUUUGAGUCUUCUAUGGAGGCCAUUCUCCAUAAUAUUACUCAGCAACAUAAGACCUGGUAUAGCUCACUAACUGUAGGUCAAGAGGACAUUGAAGUAGUGUAUGAAGAGUGAGACUAAAAUCUACCAUCUUGAAAGAAAUUAUUCUCAGGUUGACAGUGACUAAAUGGUCUGCCAGUCUGCA